GAAGUUGGGCCGCGGGAGGAGUGGGGCGGCGCUCGUGCGUUCUCGCGCCUUCUAGAGAAGCUGAUAGGGUUGUGGUGGGAGGCGGGCUACGGACCCUAGCUCCCAGGUACGGCUGGGAGCUCGCGCGCCUUUCAUCUCUGAGCUCCGGUCAUAGUUAGGAGUCAGGGAGCAUUCGGAGAGUCAGCUGAGACUCCGUCCAGGCUCAGCGAGGUUUGGGGUCUGCAGCUGGGCGACCACUGCCUGGGGUCACGCAUGCCGCAGGGACGGACUUCCGAGAAAAGAGCUACGCGAGCGUGCCCCGCCCCCCGCCUCGACGUCAGCGGUGGUUGGCGAAGCGGAGAUACCGAUCGCUUAUUCGGCCACUCAGUACAAGGGAGCUUGUUGUUCCGGGUCCCGGAGUGACCGACGACCUGCUGGCAUCUGUAGCUUUUCCCCCAGUUAACAUGGCUGCCGCUAGUCGUUCUCCCUGACGACCGUGAGCAAAGCAAGGCCGGGUACUGGGAGGCUUUGCCUACGUCCCAUCGGCGAUGGCGCUUCAGCCGCGGGUCUGGAAAUGGCUGUCAGUUUGCGGGAAGCUGGAGUGUGGGUUCGCAGCCCGCUCGACCAGUUCCUCGCCAGCGAUUCAGCCCGAAGUGGAGACUAAGGAAAACGAAGCUGUGGCCCCAGUGUUCACCAACCGGAACCCUCGGAAUCUGGAGCUCUUAGGGGUAGCCAGGAAAGAACGGGGCUGGGCUACAGUGUGGCCCAACCGUGAGUUCUGGCACAGGUUGCGAGUUAUAAAGACUCAGCAUCACAUAGAAGCACUGGUUGAACACCAAAAUGGCCAGGUGGUGGUUUCAGCAUCCACUCGUGAAUGGGCUAUUAAAAAACACCUUUAUAAUACCAGAAAUGUGGUGGCUUGUGAGAGUAUAGGACGAGUGCUGGCACAGCGAUGCUUAGAAGCAGGAAUCAAUUUCAUGGUCUACCAACCAACUCCUUGGGAGGCAUCCUCAGACUCGCUAAAAUCUCUCCAGAAUGCCAUGACAGAAAGUGGUGUGGUGCUUCAGGAGCCUCGGAGAAUCUAUGAAUGAAAUAGAAGAAAUAGAAGCAUUAACUGCUUUGAAAGUGUAAACAUAAAAUCAUCACUUGCUACUCCAGCUAUAAGUGUCUGCAUCUAAAAACAGAAAGAAAGGAAUGAAGGAAGAAAAGAAGAGUUUGCAGGGAGAACCAGACUGAAAGCUUCAUAGCAACAAUGUUAACAGUGGAGAGCUAUUUAAAGUCGACCUCUUCCCACUUCUGUGUGUGCUUGUGUGGUUUUGUUCUUUUAAUCAAGGGCUAAACUUGGCCUCUUUUGUGAACAUGAGGAGUACUUAAGAGAAGCAGUCACUACUUAUAACUAUUUAAAGGACAAAUUAAAAUGUUUAUAACAAGCUGUAAA